GUGAUGUCAAGUUAUCCCCCUUUUCAACAACAACAACAACAAGAAACAUAAACAAGAAACGUGCAAUAGACAAAUUAUUACAUUUCUUAACAUAAGUUGGUUUAUUAUUCGCGAAAUAAUCUAGCAUAAUGCCCCAGAACGAACACAUAGAACUUCACAGAAAACGCCAUGGCUACAGACUUGACUACCAUGAGAGGAAGAGGAAGAAGGAGGCGCGUAAGCCUCAUGAAAUGUCCAAAAAGGCAAAGAAAUUACGAGGCAUUAAGGCCAAACUGUACAACAAACAGAGGCACUCAGAGAAAAUUCAGAUGAAAAAGACCAUUAAAAUGCACGAGGAGAGAAAGACAAAACAGAAGACAGAUGACAAUGUCCCAGAGGGGGCUGUGCCCGCAUAUCUGCUGGAUCGUGAAGGUCAGAGUCGUGCAAAGGUCCUUUCAAACAUGAUUAAACAGAAACGAAAGGAAAAAGCGGGUAAAUGGGAGGUUCCCAUUCCUAAAGUGAAAGGAAUGAGUGAAAAUGAAGUGUUCAAAGUAUUAAAGACUGGCAAAAGUAGAAGAAAGGGCUGGAAGAGAAUGGUUACUAUGCCAUGUUAUGUGGGAGAAGGGUUCACCAGGAAACCGCCAAAGUUUGAACGAUUCAUCCGACCAAUGGGUCUUCGAUACAACAAGGCUCAUGUAACACACCCUGAAUUGAAGGCUACAUUCCACCUUCCAAUCAUCGGUGUGAAGAAGAACCCCACCUCUCCACUAUACACAUCUUUAGGAGUUCUCUCCAAGGGCACAAUUAUUGAGGUGAAUAUCAGUGAGCUAGGUCUGGUCACGCAGGGAGGCAAGGUGGUCUGGGGAAAAUAUGCACAGGUUACAAACAAUCCUGAGAAUGAUGGCUGCAUCAAUGCUGUACUUCUUGUUUAAUGGCUGUCUCAAAGAAAUAGACAAAAAUGGAAAAACUUGUAAUAAGACCUAUCAAAUGUCUAAAUGAUGGAAAAUGACUAUAACUACAGUGUUGUUAUAAAAUAUCAAUAUUUCUUGAAAACCGAGAUUAUUUUAACUUCUCUAAGAAGAAAAAAAGAGUAAAAAAAUAUUUGUCUUUUUCUCUUUUUUUUGCCACAAAAUUACUAAACAAAUUAUAGAAUGUAAGGUUAUUAGUUGAAACCUGAAUGACAUCUUGUCAUUUCUUGCUGGCUUCUUUGAUGAUUUAUGUAAGCACUGAGGAUAUUGAUAUUUUUGUUGGAAACUGACAUAUUUUCUGGGUAGAGAUGGAGCAAUGUUGAAUGGCUAAAUAUACCAACAAGACUAACAUGUACUUAUAUGUGCCUUCAUAUUUAAUCUUGAAUUAAGCAUAAACAAUUAAACAUGUAUGUCAGCAGUAACAUGGGCUAUUCUUGUUCCGUGUUUUGUCAAUCUGGUUGAAAUGAUUGGUAUCAUGCUCUUACAAAAGAUGGACAUUUCUGUUGUUGUUGUUGUUUAAAGCUGACAUGAAGCAUGUCAGACUGUCUUAAAUCAUAUUUCGAUGUGAUUUCUAAGAUGUGUUUUCCAUGAAUAAAACUACAAGAUCU